UUUCAUCAUGGCUGCUGAUAUCUCAUGGGACGAAAUAAAGAAGGAAAACGUUGAUCUUGAGAAAAUUCCGGUGGACGAAGUGUUCCAACAGCUGAAAUGUUCACGGGAAGGUUUGUCAUCAGAGGAAGGAAGAAACAGACUCCAAAUAUUUGGGGCAAACAAGCUAGAAGAGAAAGAAGAUAACAAAUUUCUAAAGUUCUUAGGUUUUAUGUGGAACCCUCUCUCAUGGGUAAUGGAAGCUGCGGCAAUCAUGGCAAUUGUGUUGGCAAACGGUGGUGGAAGGCCACCGGAUUGGCAAGACUUUGUUGGUAUCACAUGUUUGCUCAUCAUAAACUCGACCAUCAGUUUUAUCGAGGAGAACAAUGCGGGUAAUGCAGCAGCAGCUCUCAUGGCCAAUCUUGCACCUAAAACAAAGGUAUUAAGAGAUGGGAGAUGGGGAGAGCAAGAAGCUGCGAUCCUUGUUCCGGGUGACUUAAUCAGCAUUAAGUUGGGUGAUAUUGUUCCCGCGGAUGCUCGUCUUCUUGAAGGUGAUCCUCUUAAGAUUGACCAAUCUGCUCUUACCGGUGAAUCUCUCCCAGCUACUAAACACCCGGGAGACGAGGUCUUCUCUGGAUCCACUUGCAAACAAGGUGAGAUUGAGGCUGUUGUCAUUGCUACUGGAGUGCAUACCUUCUUUGGGAAGGCAGCUCAUCUUGUUGACAGUACUAACAAUGUUGGCCACUUUCAAAAGGUCUUAACCGCCAUUGGUAAUUUCUGUAUCUGUUCAAUCGGAAUAGGAAUGUUGAUUGAGGUAAUUAUAAUGUAUCCGAUCCAACAUCGGAAAUAUAGAGAUGGAAUCGACAAUCUUCUUGUGCUUCUCAUCGGUGGAAUCCCAAUUGCGAUGCCCACUGUAUUGUCCGUGACAAUGGCUAUUGGAUCACAUAGGUUAUCUCAACAAGGUGCCAUCACCAAACGAAUGACCGCCAUCGAAGAAAUGGCGGGUAUGGACGUUCUUUGCAGCGACAAAACCGGGACUCUAACUCUCAACAAACUUACAGUUGACAAGAACUUGAUAGAGGUAUUCCCCAAAGAUGUAGACAAGGAUACUGUAAUACUACUUUCAGCUAGGGCUUCAAGAAUAGAGAACCAAGAUGCAAUUGAUACGUCCAUUGUUAACAUGUUGGGUGAUCCAAAAGAGGCAAGAGCUGGAAUAACUGAAGUGCAUUUCUUGCCAUUCAAUCCAGUAGAAAAGCGAACCGCGAUCACUUACAUUGAUAGCAAUGGAGAGUGGCAUAGAUGCAGCAAAGGUGCUCCCGAGCAGAUAAUUGAACUCUGUGACCUUAAAGGAGAAACAAAGAGACGAUCACAUGAGAUCAUUGACAAGUUCGCUGAGCGUGGACUUCGUUCACUCGGGGUUGCACGACAGAAGGUUCCUGAGAAGGACAAAGAAAGCGCAGGAACACCGUGGGAGUUUGUUGGUCUCUUGCCUCUCUUUGACCCUCCAAGACAUGACAGUGCAGAAACCAUUAGACGAGCUCUUGAUCUUGGUGUGAAUGUUAAAAUGAUCACUGGAGACCAAUUGGCUAUUGGUAAAGAGACAGGUCGUAGGCUUGGAAUGGGAACAAACAUGUAUCCUUCCUCUUCUUUGCUUGAAAACAAAGAUGACACCACGGGAGGAGUUCCUGUCGAUGAGCUCAUCGAGAAGGCUGAUGGAUUCGCUGGAGUCUUUCCCGAGCACAAGUAUGAGAUUGUAAGGAAACUCCAAGAAAGGAAACAUAUUGUUGGUAUGACUGGGGAUGGUGUCAACGAUGCUCCAGCGCUGAAAAAGGCAGAUAUCGGUAUAGCAGUGGAUGAUGCAACUGAUGCUGCAAGAAGCGCCUCAGAUAUAGUCUUGACAGAGCCAGGUCUUAGUGUUAUAGUUAGCGCUGUGCUCACUAGUCGAGCUAUCUUUCAAAGAAUGAAGAACUACACAAUCUAUGCAGUCUCCAUUACCAUCCGUAUAGUCUUAGGCUUCAUGCUUGUUGCUCUUAUUUGGGAGUUUGACUUUUCUCCUUUCAUGGUUCUCAUUAUUGCAAUCCUAAAUGAUGGAACCAUCAUGACCAUUUCCAAGGAUAGAGUCAAGCCUUCUCCAAUUCCUGAUUCAUGGAAACUUAAGGAGAUCUUUGCUACUGGUGUUGUUCUUGGAACGUACAUGGCUCUCGUCACCGUUGUCUUCUUCUGGCUAGCUCAUGACACAACCUUCUUCUCGGAUAAAUUUGGAGUGAGGUCAUUACAAGGCAAAAACGAAGAGUUAAUAGCAGUUUUGUAUUUGCAAGUCAGUAUAAUUAGUCAGGCUCUAAUCUUUGUCACUCGAUCAAGGAGCUGGUCCUUUGUUGAACGCCCUGGACUUCUUCUUCUUAUCGCUUUCUUUGUUGCCCAACUAAUUGCAACCUUAAUAGCUGCAUAUGCACAUUGGGAAUUCGCGAGAAUCAAAGGAUGCGGAUGGGGAUGGUGUGGAGUCAUUUGGAUUUACAGUAUCGUCACGUACAUUCCUCUUGAUAUCCUCAAGUUUAUCACUCGAUAUACCCUUAGUGGCAAAGCAUGGAACAACAUGAUUGAAAAUAGGACCGCAUUCACAACCAAGAAAGACUACGGUAGGGGAGAAAGAGAGGCUCAAUGGGCUCUAGCUCAACGUACACUUCACGGACUUAAACCACCGGAGUCAAUGUUUGAAGACACGGCAACGUACACUGAGCUCUCUGAGAUCGCUGAACAAGCCAAGAAACGUGCAGAAGUUGCUAGGCUAAGAGAAGUGCACACUCUCAAAGGCCACGUUGAGUCAGUAGUGAAGCUCAAGGGUCUUGACAUUGACAAUCUCAACCAACACUACACCGUCUAAGCCAAACUACAAGGACGUUCAAUUAUUUGACCGGGGACACAUGACGACGAUCUAAGCAAUAAAGUUGGAGAACAUGAAAUGAUAAAGAUAAAAAGAAGAAAAAAAGAAAGUUUCGAUUUGGAUUCUCCUUCAGUUUCAAUUUCGUUUUUCUUGGUGAAGACAUGAUAUAAUCAGUGGAACGCUUGAUAACAUGCGAAAAAGCAAAAAAAGAAUAAGAAGAAGAUGGUAGGAUGGAUCAAUGAGAUGGAAUAAAGGAAAGAGAAAGACCUAUCGUCAUGUGAUACAGCUCGUAUUUGUUACUUAUUAGUAAAACAAUAUUUGUUUUUUUUUUUGU